AUGGCGCUUACAGAAGCCCCCAUCAGGGGAGGCCUGCAUGCUGCUAGUGAGGACACGUGGCACAAGUGGGUUGGUCCGGGGGGAGAGAAUGGGGGCAAGGGAGGGACGGCAGAGUGGCGGGAUGGCAGCACGUUGCUGAUACCUCUGGACGACCCCACCACCAACGUGGCUCACUUCAUUGGGAAAACGGCUCAGAUACUUCUAGUCAACAAUGCAUCAACGCCCACAGCGCUUCCUCUCAUCACACGAUUCCUGCUGCCACGCACUCCUGCUGCUGCCUCCAGGAUGAGGCAGCACGGCCAGCAGGGGUGGAUCCCCUCCGUGCUGCACAUGCUGCUGCGCAUCGCCCUCGAGCCCCUCCUCAACCACACCGCCCUCUCCCACCACAUCCCCUUGCUCCCACUAAGCCUUCAGUCUCUGGCCGCUGCAAUCUCGCCUGAAGCCUUAGUUGGUGCUUCCACCAGUGCAGCAGCAAGCACUGGUGUGAGCGCUAGUGGCAGUGCUGGUGGUAGCAGUGGUGGUGUGGAGGUGCUGGCAGGGGCGGUGGAGUUUGAGUCUGCAUUCAGCAGGGCAUCUGAUGCACAUCCCAUGUGCUUCCAACGCCUUGUGCUACCCGGCUACCUCAAGGCCAUCACCUUCCCAGGGGGCAUGGAGCAGGCGGACAUGUUCAAGCACCGCCUCAAGGAGGCCUUCCCCCACCCCGACCCCGACCCCUUCCGCGCUCUGGCGUUUCCAGACAAUGCAUCUGUGGGAGAUGCGUCUGCUGGAAGCAGCUCAGCUGAUGGGAGCAGUUCAGCUGAUAGCACCACUGUUCGCCUGCUGUACAUCACUCGCAAUGCAUCGCUCACACGCGGUCGCCGCGUAAUGACUGCGCAAAGCUCCAGCGCUCUGCUUAAGCUAUUCCACCAAUUGAACUUCCAGGUAGCCCAAGUGGAGUUCACACCCCUCACCUUUUCCCACCAGCUGGCCCUGGUGCAGGCAGCAGACAUCAUCGUCUCACUGCACGGCGCAGGCCUCACCAACCCCGCCUCCUUUGCUCGCUCCGACUCUGUUCUCCUGGAGAUCUCCCCCUACGGAGUCUUCUACAAUCUGUACUAUUUCAUGGCGGUGAAUGCCGGGGUGACCUACAUGCUGCACCAGUGCACAGCCGGGCCUGCCCCCAUGCCAGCUAAAGAUGCGGAAUUUCAAGGCGUUGGUCCUGGCUCGGAGACUGGUUCUGGAUGUGAGGAAAAAGGGGAGUCACGAAGGAGGAAGGAGGCUGCGGAGGACAUAUGGGAAGCUGUGUGUAUCAAGGAAGAGGAAUAA